AUGGCGACAAUCAGCAUCAAAGACCACGGUCUCCCCGACGACACCCACAAUCUUUACGACGUCACCUUCUGCACCGACGAAAUUCACACCCUCCUUGCCCAAUCCCCCGGUCCCCUCCACCAAUGGCUCCUCGAAACCACCCAGCACCAGCGGACGACCUCCAACUCAUCCGCCGCCGCGCCGGUGGUGGUCGGCCUGGACGUGGAGUGGCGCCCCAACUUCAGCCGCAACAUGGAUAACCCAAUCGCGACCCUCCAGCUCUGCGUGGGCAACAGGUGCGUGAUCUUCCAGCUGAUCCACUCCCCCUCAAUCCCUCAAUCCCUCUUCGAUUUCCUCCGGAGCAAGGACUACGUCUUCGCUGGCGUCGGAAUCGACGGCGACGUGGAGAAGCUGUUGGAGGAUUACGGCUUGAAAGUGGCCAAUGUUGUUGACCUGAGGCAACUGGCGGCGAGUAAGCUUGGAGUGAAGGAGCUGAAGAACGCGGGGCUGAAGCAGCUGGCGAAGGAGGUGCUGGGGAAAGAGAUCGCCAAGCCCAAGAGGGUACAGAUGAGCAGGUGGGACAACCCUUGGCUAACUCCUGUCCAAGUUCAGUAUGCCUGCAUUGAUGCCUUUUUGUCUUGUAAGAUUGGGGAAACUCUCAUGGCUGCCGCGGAAGCUGGUAGUGGUGGUGCUUAG